AUGCUGCCUCACUCCCUCCUACUCUUUCUCCUCUUCAUCAUCCCUACCUCCAUAGCAUACACCUAUGAUGAAAACGGUGUCUUCUUCAGCUUUGAUGACGGUAUGGAUAAGAGCAUGAGCGUGCUUAGUGGUGUGGCUUCUAUCACAAGCGGUGCACUUAUGCUCACCAACGGCGAGCCCCAACGGAAAGGCAACGGUCUAAGUUUUAUGUAUGGACCUAUUUCCUCAUUCUCGACAACCUUUGUGUUCGUCAUCAUCCCCCCGGAGAACCUUGGCGGGGUCAGUGCACAUGGCCUUGCAUUUACCCUUUCCAACAACAUAGGGUUCAUGUACAGUUCUCUGGCGGCUCAGUACAUGUCCCUGACCGACGAGGCAAGCAACGGUAAUAUUACAAAUCAACUCUUUGCUGUUGAGCUUGACACCUUUAAGAAUCCCACCUUCGUGGAUAUUGAUGAUAACCACGUUGGAAUCGAUGUAAACAGCAUUGUUUCUAUCAAUUCCCACACAGCUGGUUACUACACUUCCAAUGAUACAUUCUCUCCCUUGAGACUUGCUAGUGGAGAACCAAUGCAAGUAUGGGUGGAGUAUGAUGGCAACUCACACAACUUGAUUGUCAGUUUAGCACCUUACUUAGAGCGUAAGCCUCAACAACCACUGUUAGCCAGCACUGUCAAUCUUACAUCCGUAUUGGGAAACAACUCCUUCUUUGCUGGGUUCUCCUCAGCAACAGGCACCCUUAUUAGGUCCAAGCAUUGCAUUAUUGGCUGGAGUUUUAAUACAACUGGAGAGGCUCAACUACUUGACUACCCAGCAAUGUCUCAAAUUAUAGCAGAUGUUAGACAGAAAGCACAAAACCGCUCUCAUAUCCCCAAGGACAUUAUUUUACCAACUGUUGCUCCAGCAGCAUUCAUCGUGCUUGUUAUUCUUAUUGUUCUUUAUCUCAAGAAGGCAACAGAAAGUGCAGACUGGAAAAUAGAGGGUGGGCCACCAUAUUUCACGUACAAAGACCUAGCAACUGCAACAAGAGGUUUCAGUGACAGGAUGCUAUUAGGGAAAGGGGGAUUUGGAAAGGUGUACAAAGGGAUGCUACAAACCUCGAAGCAAAACGUUGCAAUCAAGCGGGUUUCUCCAGAGUCAAAGCAGGGGAUGAAGGAGUUCAUAGCCGAGAUAACUAUCCUUGGUCAUCUCCGGCAUCGCAACCUUGUCCAGUUGCUCGGUUAUUCCCGGCACAACAAUAACCUCCUUCUGAUUUAUGAUUACAUGCCAAAAGGUAGUCUUGACAGAGUCUUGCAUGAUCAAGAUAUGCCAGUCUUAAAUUGGGUUCAUAGACUUAACAUUAUAAAAGGCAUUGCAUCUGGCCUCUUCUACCUCCAUGAGGAUUGGGAGAAAGUUGUCAUCCAUCGGGACAUCAAGGCGAGCAAUGUGCUCCUCGAUACUGAAAUGAAUGCAAGGCUUGGUGAUUUCGGCCUUGCAAGAUUACACAACCACGGAACAGACGCCCACACCACUCAUUUGGCCGGCACUUGGGGCUACAUAGCUCCUGAGCUAGCUAGGCUUGGGAGGGCAACCAAGGCGACUGAUGUAUUUGCAUUUGGUGUGUUCAUGUUGGAGGUUGCUUGUGGAAGGCGUCCAAUAGUGCAUGAUUCUGGCGAUCCAACCCUGCUGACAGAUUGGGUGCUCCACGCAUGGGAAAGUGGUUCAAUCCUCACAAUAGUGGACCCAAGAUUGGAAGAUUACAUCAGGGAGGAGGUGGAGUUGGUACUGAAGCUUGGCCUGUUGUGCUCCCAUUCAGAACCAAGUGCAAGGCCAUGCAUGCGCCUUGUUCUGCAAUACCUUGAAAAGGAUGCAGCACUCACAGAUUUCCAACCUUGUUUUUUCCACCUUACCAGCAGGGAUGAAGGUUUUGAUCAAUAUAUCCUGUCAUGCCCCUCUGUGGCGACAGCCACAACGGGUCUUUCCGGAGGAAGGUGAUAAAUAUGGUAUGAUGAUGCACGUUCGGCAUUCGCUCAUAUUCUGUACGAUUUCAAUGUGACAGAUGGGUUAGUCGUGAACCCAGCCUGCAUAUACUGUAAUAG